AUGGCCGCCGCCGCUACCCCUCCUGCCGCUUCUCGCCCCGGCUGGUUCGCCGUCCCGGCCCCUGUCCGUGGCCUUUUCGAUAUCUUCCCCCUCCGUGUCUACGGCCCCGAAGCCCUCCCCGUACGCUCCCCAGCCGCAACUCGCACUCGACCGGCCCUCUAUGUCUUCAUCGCCGAUGAUGAUGCGCCUCAUGGCCUACCGAGUUUCAAUCCUUCGUGUCUCAAGUGGCAGACUCUCUUGAGGAUUGCAGGAGUCGAUGUAGAUAUUGUGCCUUCGAACAACCAUGCCUCUCCCUCUGGCGCACUGCCAUUCUUGCUCCCGCCUUCGUCGUCAUCCCAACGGCCUCCUGUGCCCCUGACCGGCGAAAAGAUCUACAAAUAUGCCCUUGAGCAUACGGCCCGCGAGCUCCCCGACGUCACCUCCCCACGCCUCGAAGCCUACCAAGCCCUCCUGACACAGAAUAUCCGUCCGGCCUGGCUCCAUGCCCUCUACCUCAUCCCUGCCAACGCCCCCCUACUCACAAACCUCUACCUCCCGUCCUCGGCCCUCCUGCGAGCGUCCCUACACCAUACCCUCCACGCCGCCGCUACCUCCGAGAUCCUCAAGACCACCCGAUGCACGCACAUAUCCCCACCGCAACUCUACGCCGACGCCGCCGCCGCCCUGCGCUCGCUCUCCGCCAUCCUCGCCGACGAUAACUGGUUCUUUGGCGCCUCCGGGCCGGGACUGUUCGACGCCGAUGUGUUUGCAUACACCUACCUCAUGCUCGAUGAUGCGCUGGCCUGGCGCGAUACCGCGCUGGCCGGGUGUCUUGACGGGUUGCACAAUUUGAGGAGACAUCGUAACAGGUUAUAUGAGCGGUGCUGGGGCGAGAAGGCACAGUAA